AUGAAGAGCAUUUCGUCGAUUCACCGUCGCCAUGCAAAUUUCUGUAAAUGUACCAUACCAGCCGCCCUGGGGAACGACACACAGAUCGUCGCAAAGCGUGAUGUCCCAAAAUACCCAAAGUAUACACUUUCGAGGGAGACAAAGGAAUACCUCAAGAAACCCACGUUUGAUAUCUGGCAUUGGGAAUCGAAUGAGAUGCUGUGUCUCCUGGAGCAUAUGUACCAUGAAUUGGGUUUAGUAAACGAGUUUCAUAUGAAUCCGAUCGUCCUCAGGCGGUUUCUGCUCUGUGUCCAGGAGAACUACCGUAAUAACCCGUUCCACAAUUUCCGUCACUGCUUUUGUGUGACGCAGAUGAUGUAUGGUAUGAUAUACCUGUGCGAUCUCCAGUCCAAGUUUUGUUUGUCGGACCUUGGUAUUCUCCUCACAGCGGCAGUGUGCCAUGAUUUGGACCACCCUGGUUUCAACAACACGUAUCAGAUAAAUGCCCGUACCGAUCUGGCUAUCCGGUACAACGACAUAUCACCGUUAGAAAAUCACCAUUGUGCAGUAGCCUUCAAGAUCAUCAGCAAUCCAGAGUGUAACAUCUUCCGUAACGUACCCGAAGAACAGUUCAAGGAUAUCCGACAGGGUAUUAUCAUGUUGAUCAUGGCAACCGAUAUGGCUCGUCACUCUGAGAUUCUGGACCAGUUUAAGGCCCAGGUGGAAGGUGGUUUUGACUUUGAAAACCAGGAACAUCUUAACUAUCUUCGAAUGGUUUUGAUCAAGUGCUGUGAUAUUUCCAACGAGGUGCGUCCAUCUGAUGUAUCGGAGCCGUGGGUGGAUUGCUUACUCGAAGAAUAUUUCAUGCAGAGCGACCGAGAGAAGAUUGAGGGGCUACCAGUUGCAUCCUUCAUGGACCGUGAUAAAGUCACUAAACCGACCGCUCAAGUUGGUUUCAUCAAGUUUGUUCUUAUUCCUAUGUUUGAAGUGGUUGCAAAGCUUUUUACCCAGCUUAACGAUUCCGUUGUGGAGCCACUGAGGUCCGCCCUCUAUCGAUACGAGGAGCAGAAGUUGAAGGAAGAUCAGAUUAAAGAGAAAAUGAGAGAGAAGGCAAGGCUUCGCGCAGAGCAGGAAGGCGUGGACUAGGCAUCUAUAACUGACCAAUCAAAGGCUAUCUUCACUUUUAUUCUUGCUACAGACUACAAACAUAUAUUUUCGCACUACCACGGGUCAUUUUAAAUGCCUUCAAUUUUCUAAUGGAAUCGGUGCAAUGUGCAAUGUGAUAUCAAGCAUAAUGGCGAAACGGUGCUUGUGUAAUUUCUGUAAAUAUGCAAAGUUGUGUUGUGUAAUUUUAUUUGCAUUUUUUAUAUUGACUGGUCUUAGUACAAGGGGUCAUCAAUGUAUCAUUCAUUUUAUUGUUAUAAUAAUAAUAAUUAUUAUUAUUAUUAUUAUUAUUCUUAUUAUUAUUAUUAUUAUUAUUGUUAUUAUCAUUAUUGUUUCCCUUUUUUUGCAAUUUGCCACUUACUGAUUAUUUCACGAAAGUAAAAAAAAAAUCUUACAUGAUAAUGAUGAUGAUGAACAGCAUUUUGCAUACUGUCAUUUAUCUAUAAAAAAUAUUGAAAGGCACCAGCUUUAUCUCCAAUAUAACUUUGCUGGAUAAGAUGGGUGUUCAGUUCAGAUUUGAAUGUCUCAAUUAUGUGACAAAUACGAAGUUUGAUGGAUAGAGAAUUCAAAAGACAAGGAGCAACAAGUCCAACCGAAUAAUAUCAUUUUAAUCUCAUUUGUUCUUAAUACUUGGUAGUACUGGUACGCCACGACCAAGCUAUUUACUGAAAUUGCAAAAAUAUUAGAAUUAUAUAUAAUAAACGUUAUGAAUAUAAAUUGAAUAGAAAUGGCAGUUAUAAAUGAAGUUCAAAACGACCUCAUAUCCUAGCAUUUUAUUUUAUAAACCGUUUCUUAAACCAAAAGUUUGCUAAUUUCAUUUUUAUCUUCCAAUUUUGAUAUAAAUUUUGUAUUUUUAAAAAUCCUUUAAUUUUAACUGCGCACUUACUGAAACCCGCCAACACGGUGGUCAUCUUUGGGGUUGUAUUAUAUUUUGUAUAGUAUGAUAUUUGUGUGUAUAAACAAUGUUUUAUUGGGCCCAGACGUUGGCUAAUUUUAUCAGAAUCUUCAUUAAUUUUCGAAUCGCAAUUACUAAAACUUUUUUUGUCUCACCUGCAUAGCAGAGUGAGACUAUAGGCGCCGCUUUUCCGACGGCGACGGCGGCGGCGGCGGCGACGGCGGCGGCGGCGUCAACACCAAAUCUUAACCUGAGGUUAAGUUUUUGAAAUGACAGCAUAACUUAGAAAGUAUAUGGACCUAGUUCAUGAAACUAGGCCAUAAGGUUAAUCAAGUAUUACUGAACAUCCUGCCUGAGUUUCAUGUCACAUGACCAAGGUCAAAGGUCAUUUAGGGUCAAUGAACUUAGACCAUGUUGGGGGAAUCAACAUCAAAAUCUUAACCUAAGGUUAAGUUUUUGAAAUGUCAUCAUAACUUAGAAAAUAUAUGGACCUAGUUCAUGAAACUUAUACAUAAGGUUAAUCAAGUAUCACUGAACAUCCUGCAUGAGUUUCACAUCACAUGACCAAGGUCAAAGGUCAUUUAGGGUCAAUGAACUUUGGCCGAAUUGGGGGUAUCUGUUGAAUUACCAUCAUAACUUUGAAAGUUUAUGGAUCUGAUUCAUGAAACUUGGACAUAAUAGUAAUCAAGUAUUACUGAACAUCCUGUGCAAGUUUCAGGUCACAUGAUCAAGGUCAAAGGUCAUUUAGGGUCAAUGAACUUUGGCCAAAUUGGGGUAUUUGUUGAAUUACAGCCAUAAAUUUGAAAGUGUGUUGGUCUAGUUCAUAAAACUUGGACAUAAUAGUAAUCAAGUAUCACUGAACAUCCUGUGCGAGUUUCAGGUCACAUGAUCAAGGUCAAAGGUCAUGUAAGGUCAAAGAACUUUGGCCACGUUGGGGGUAUUUGUUGAAUUGCCAUCAUAUCUCUAUAAGUGUAUUGGUCUAGUUCAUAAAACGUGGAAAUAAGAGUAACCAAGUAUCACUGAACAUCUUGUGCGAGUUAUAGUAGUUUUCAAAAUCAGCACUGCUGCUAUAUUGAAUCGCGUGAUGCAGGUGAGACGGCCAGAGGCAUUCCACUUGUUUGAAAUCAGCAGGUGUGCUUUUGAUUGGACUAUGUAUAUUUGUAUUGUAUGAUAUGUAUUAUGUAAAAUAAUGUAUCUUGUAUUUAAGCCUAUGAACAUUUACCACUAUACAGUUAUUAUGUUACAUUCAACUCAUCAUCGAAACUGACUCCAAACCAUCGAUAUCAAUAAAAUGGAUGGAGCUUCUACGCGCUCUUUUGAGACCACCGGAAACAACAAAGGUACUCCAAAAGGUCAAGUGCGCACAGAGUUACAUACUUUUUAUAUUGCGUGUGAGUGUGUGUACGUGAAGUAUUUUACGAGUUGGUACGAUCACAUACGGUUUGUUGUGUCAUGGAGUACUUUUUUUAUCGGCCUCAAAGGUCGUGCAUGCGAGCAGGGGCGGCAGAAACCGGGGGGGGGGGGGGGUAGCUCCCCCCCCCCCCACCCCCGCAUCUAUUAUUGGGUAUUCGUCCUUAUCAUGGUUACAAAAAUGCAUAGAAUGCAAAGUUUUCAGGUUGGAGUAUUAUACAUUUUUGGCUUGUGUGUUGCGCUCGCACCAAUUACUGUUUAUUAAGGUAGUCAUUCUGUUCCCGGUUAAAUAAAAUGCCUAGAAUAUCCAGUUUUCUGGUUAGAAUAUCACAAAUUUUCAGCUCGCGCUCGCAUUCUUCAAUUGGUGAGAUAUGUAGCCCGUAUCCUAUUAAUGAGUCACUAAAUGCAGUCUUUAAAAGGUUCGUUUUCAAGUCAAAAUAUUAAAAACUUCAGCUCGCUUCGCGCUCGCGUUAAUUCUUUAGUUAGAUUCACAUCGUUUUUCAUGAUUAUAAAAACACUGUUCGGAAUGUUUACUUUUCAUUUCUUAUUACAUGGAAUUUCCAAAAGUUUGAGCUCGUGAUUCGCUCUCGCAACAUCCCAAUAGAAUGCCAUUUUAAGAGUAAUUAGGUCCAUAAUUGACACAAAAUCAAGUUUUACAACUUCAGAUUUGAUUUUUUUUCCAAACCGCUCGCUCACAAAAAAAAACACCUAAAUAUAUAUGUUAUCGAUCUGAAAUCACUUUAAAACUUAACUAGUACAAAACACACAACUCCUUCACUCAGAUGAUAAUCUCAUGGUGAAAUAAUCAGUUUGCACCAAAAUGCCCUUUUUGGCAUAUAAGUUUUCUUUUUGGCUUUGCCCCCAUCACCCACCGCCCCCCCCCCCCCGCCCAACAAAAAUACGUUCCGCCUCCCCUGCGUGCGAACGAGCGUGCGUCAUGGAAUUGUGUGCGUGCGUGCAAGCUCCAUUAAGCGUGUGGAUAUCGAUGCCCCAAUUAAAUAAACCAAUAACCAUUCGAAAUGACGUAACAUUUUUUAUAGGUGCGGAGUCGGUUUCAUGUGUGCGACUGUAGCUAUAGAUUAGUACAUACAUGUUACAAUGUCUGGUAUUUGUUCUGUUCUACAUUUUUUUCGAUUUACUUUACAGUAUUAUAAUGUUGUUCGGCUUGGAGUGUGCAAUAUUGAGCGUAUAGCUUUUAUUACGAUUUGAAUAUGUAGACAAUUAAUCGGCGUUGUACAUUUCAAAUUCUUUGUACAGGUUUUGCUUUUUUGUAAUUAUUGGAUGUUCACAGUUCUUGUUAUCACCAAUCACAGGCGGCGAAUUUGUUUGUGUGAUUUUUCGAUAUUCCGCUCUUAUAGGCUGUCGCACAAAAAAAAAGAGAAAUCGGUGGGGGUCAAGUCCCCCCCCCCCCCCCCCUCUCUCUCUCUCGUCCCAUCAUGAACUACGCCAAUAGCCUCGUAUAGACAGAUAAGGGCAGCACUCGGUUUCUUUUCUUUGCAUAUGCAUGGCGAUAGACAAUGGUAAAUGGCAAUGGCAAAGAAAAUGGUUGCAGUGUUUGGGGCGCUCUAAACCAAUACUUUUACAUAAAACGAUAUAAAGCAUGGCCUGGUAUAUAUGCCUGUAAUGAACUAGCCGUGUAUUUGCCAUUCUCAACUUGAAGUCUGAUGAAAGCUUUUGCGAUAUAGUUUUUAUUCUGUUUAUACUUUUGUUAUUUUGAUAUUUUAAUAUGGACAGUGAUUUGUAUGUAGAGGAGCGUAAGCCUUGUCGUAAUUCGAUUUACUACAGGACGUAAAUAUUUUAUAUCGUUGUAAUUCGAAUUAAGUACAUAAUUACGCCAUGUUUUUGUAAUUCGAAUUACUACACGAUAUAAAUUAUUACGUCGUGCAGUUAUUUGAAUUACAACACGACGUUUAUCCAUUUUAUUAACGUCUCAUUCUUCUAUAAAUGUGGCAUCUCAAUGUUUUAGCUUUUACUACGCUAUCAUCGUAUGCGUUUUCAUCUGUCAUUCUUUGGUUAAUUCACGUAAAUGUCAUUUAAUUUACAUCAGGGUAGAUGUUUACUCUGCAACUGAUGAAAAAAAAAAACACUCACGCACCAACUCACAAUCCUAACGAGAAAUAGUUCACAAAUAUUUUGUGAAAUCGAUGGAGACGGGAUGGGGGCCGUUCUGCAGUUUUGCGAAGUCAUGUGAUUCUGUUCUUAUUUUAUUUGUGUCAUAAUUUUGUUUAAAUAAUGUACCUCCAACCAAAUGGGUUUACGUCGAUCAAAUUUUAUUUCUAGACUUAUACUUUGAAUGUUUCGCUAUUUUUUUUUAAUGAUGGGAAUUGUGGAAAUUUCUUCAUACAUAUUAAUUUCUAUCCAUUACGAAAUAUGAUAUUAUACAAAAAUGUAAAAAUUUGUUUAAUUCCAAAGCUCACGAUUUAGAGCGUUUCAGAAGUAGCUUGUAGGCCUACGGCAGUAGCGUAAUGGUCGUAAGCAUUUUCAUUACAAGGCAGCAACAAACAAAUCGGUAUUUCUAAUUUACAUAACCUCUUUGAUAUUUUUUGCAAAGGCUAUAUUGCACCUAUAUACUUUUUAUAUACAUAUAUUUAUAACGUAACUGGUAUUUACGUAAUAGUUUGUAUGAAGUAAAUAUGUUUGUCAUAUGAUUGUUUUGCACUCGUGUGGCUUUAAUAAAAAUGUUUAAUGCAAUCUCA